AGGCUCAGAGAAGCAAGACCAUUGGGCAUCUCUUGGAAGUUUUCAAGGUUUAGAAGACUCUCAGCCUCCUUUUGCAUUAAACAAAUGACGUUUUAGUGUGGCAUUUCUUUGCUACUUGAUGUACGAUUUCACGUAGACUUAACUCUCUCCCACCAGUUCUUCUAUAUAUUGAAGUAGUUUAACUCUCUCAUUUUCUCACUCUCAUACCAAAAUACUUUGCUCUCUCUCUCUGAUCGGUUGUGUAAGAAUGUCCGAUUCACAUAGCCUUCAAGAUAUAUUUCACGAGACAAAUGCUGGUAAACUAAUCCCCUUAACCUCAUUUUGUAAGCAAUUGCCAAUAGAUUACGCAUGAACCCAGUCAACAUAACUUCUUAUAUAUGUUUUAAUAAAAUAUAAUAUUAAGCAAAACCUUGUCUCACUUUUGUCAUGAGAACUUAUAAGGUUUUUUGUUGUCUUUUAUUGUUUUUUUUUUUUGCAGUCAUAAUAGCCAUCCUGCAGAAGUCCGUCCUUCCUACAGAGAAGGUGAGCACGAACUUUAGUCUCUAAAGUCGAAGCACCAACACGAGGUAUAUUACUUGAUAAAAAAGACUUCAAAUCAACACCCUGUAUAGUCAUCAUACCAUAACUAUAAGUCCAUAACUAUCAAAACAGAGGAAUUUCUAGCAAACUAAAGAUGAAUUUCAAGAGUCAUAGACAGAAAAAGACCUGAGUGUAGGCUAUGAGCAUGUUGCAUUUCUUCAGUGCAGAGUAGAUGAUAAUGCUCUUAGUAUAGUGAUCAAGUUUGUCCCAGUUAAAGAUCACUGCAGGAUUUGUUUGCUCGCACAUCAUGUGAAGAGCAAGCAAGUUUAUAGCCUUCUUAAUGACUCAUUUCCUUGCGUAUGGAGGCUUUUAAUAUUCAUAUGAAACUGAAGAGAGUUUGCAUGUGGAGAAAUCUCGAAACUGUUGCCACCCUUCAUCGUCCAGAUUAGAUCUUUCCAUGCAAAGCCAAACAUGAAACCUGUUCGAAAAAAUCUGUCAAGAUUCUCAGCUUCUGGCGCCUUUGUCGUUGACAAGUGGAGGAGCUCGUUUAAUUGAUUGACAUCCAACACUGUCUGAUUUGAUGCUUCUCCCUGCAUUGUAGUUAAUUUCAGUUCAGCCACCAUGUCAUAUUCUAAGACAAAACAAAAACACCUAAAUACAAAAAAAAAAGAAGGUAGGCGGUAAUUAAGCACUUUACAUUAGAAUCUAGAUUAGUGCAUAGGGGAAAUAUAUUUCAGAACUAAGAACACACCGUAUAUAUUUUUGGAGUAGUAUUAUUGUUACUAUCUUUCAAUGCGAUUCUGCGUAAAAGCCCAUUAACCACUUCCACAAUGUUCUUGAUGAAGUCCAACUCUGGAAUCCUACUGCAAAACAUAAAGUUUAAAGAAAAGAUAAAUACUCUUUAAGCUUCUAAUCAUACCUAUUUUCUCUAUAAGACAAUCCAAUUGUUUCAGCCGCAAACUUCAAAGCUUUCUUCCAUCUCAAGACCCUAAGACGUGGAUGCUUCUUCUGCAAGUUUGGGAACGGUUUGCCAAAAUCUCCGGUCUGUUUCUCAACGUGGGAAGUCUUGACCUUAAAAAAGAUGGGUAUCACGAAGUCAAGUUGCUUCCUCAACAAGCAAUUCCUGAUCUCAGCGAGCUCGUCCAAGCACCACCGUGACUGCAAGCAACUGAUGGAAAAGAUGACGAUCACGUACGAUCCGAGAGUUUUUGAUAUGGUUAAAGAGAUCCUUUAACCGUUCUCCCGUUGCAUUGCUGUCCGUGAACACAUUUACGUUGCUAUCUUUCAGAUGAUGUUUGAUAUGUGGCACUAGUGUCAGCCGCAGGUCUUUCCCUCGGUAACUGUGAACACCUGAGGCCUAUUCUCCAUCUCAGACAACAGUUUUGGAUCUCUUUUUUCUUGAGGGUGAUUUGAGGAAAGUCAACCAAACAAUCUAGACUCUGAUUAAGCUCGUUGUUACUUAAUUAUCAAACUUUUAUUAGUAGAAGUUGAAAAAUCACCAGGUCAUCACUAGCUAGGAAGCAUCAUUUGCAUGAUUUUUGUAUUUUUUAGAAAAAUAUGUUAUCGAGUAGUUGACCAAACCUAAAUAGAAAAAAAUGUGACACAUUGUACAUGCAUAUAAAAUAAGCUUAUCGUAUUGAAUUUGAAAACAUCAGGAAAUGUUAUGAUAUGAUAAAUCUUUGGGAGUGUAAGUGAAGUGAUGGUCAGGGCCUUGUCACGAUUUAGCCAGGCCCAUCAUUUAAAAUGUUUAUCCAACUAACUUAUUGAAAAUGAAAACAUCUCCCAAAUCAAAACUUAUCUCAAGUCAUCAUAAAUCUAAUCGUUGGUUUUAAUUAGUUAACAUUCUACUCACACCUUUGCUUUUGGAUUGAGACAGCAGAUAUUAUCCAAAGCCAAAUAGCGCACAUCUCAUAACACUUGUAAAACACAUGCAGCCAAUAAAAUUGCACAUUAAACCCUUUUCAGUCUGCCGUGAGUUCGAUGCAUUAGUCUUUGACUACAUCUGAACUGGAUAACAGAGUAUAAACUAAUCUGAUUGUUUUUAUUAGUUCUGCUGUUUCUCCUUUAUCCAUUAAAUUCCUCUUUAAAUUCUAAAAGAACGCGUUUUAAUAUUUUUCCUUCUUUUGUUAUAUCGAACGCGUUUUAAUUCAUUUUCGUGGUUGUCAUGUGACUGCGAAACAAAAUAACAAUGGGGGUGAUUGGUUGGGCUGUAGAAAGUGACUUUAGCUUUAAUUUUCAUCUACAACCUUAAAUACUACCAAUCAUGCUUUAUCUUGGUUUUUAAAGCUACAACCAAAAAAUUAAAACUACAGCAAAAACACACAAAAAAUGGCUGUAAACAUCUUAUUUUCUAAAGCCCCAUUUUUUUAGCUGUAGGAAAUUUUAAAGCUACAUCAUUUAAAGCUAAAUCAAAAAUCCUACAGACAAAAUAUUAAAGUAAAUUUUCUACAAUUACAACCCAACCAAUCACCCCCAUUAAUUAGAAUGAAGCUUAUUUGUCGCUUUUGAAUUUUGAUUGGUAAAAUGCUUUUGUGACAAUCAUACGAUUUUAUUGGUUGGGAAAUAUGCAGUUUCGUUCUCUAUUCAUGUAUUUAGAAAUGAAGUUAUGAUAUUGAUUGGUACGCGUCAUUUGUGGAAAGUUUAUAUCUAAUGAUCACUUUAUACGCCAUGUGAAUUGCUCAUAAGCGGUAAUUCUAGGGAAAAAGUAUAAAGAAUUAAAGUGAUGCAAAAAGUAGUAAGUGGUUUUGUUCUUUUCCAACCGUCAUUAACGGUUAGUUUCACCGACCAAAGUAAAUGACACUUAAAAUUAUUGCAAAGGACCAAGGUCUCUGAAUAAAAUAUUUUAUGCGCUCAUGAACACUGAAACUUUUUUGUGUCAACAAAUAAAUACAUCAAAAUAAUUUAAAUAACUAAAUUAGUACUCCCUCCGUUUUUGUAUAAAUGCAUAUUCUGAAAAAAAAACUGUUUCAAAACAAUACAUUUUUAUAUUUCCAAAGCAAUUUUUGUCAACUAAUAAUGAAAAAUUAUGAAAUUUAAAAACAUUAAUUACAUUUUAAAGUUUUAUUAGUUUAAAAAUAUAGAAAAUUUAAAAUUUAAAAAACUAUGCAUUUAUAACUAAAAAUGUGAAAAAUUCUAAUACAUAUAUUAUUUUGAAGCGGAGGGAAUAGUUCUUAGUCUAGAAAAAUAUAAUGUGACGGCUACAUCAUUUGUGUUGAAUUUGAAGAUAUUUAUAUAAAAUUGAAAUUUGAAACUAAAAUAGCAGGCAAAUGUGACGGCUACAUCCUUUUUGUUACGUUACAAUUUGAAUUAUCACGGAGGAAGAUUUAUAACAGAGAUAUUUAAAUUCUUUUAACAAUUCAGACAGUUUGAUCUCCGGGGUAAUGUUGUUUUUAGUGUUCAGAAUAUUUAACUAGAUAGGGAUCCUUCUGAACUUUUUUUUUACAAGAAUAUUCAUGAAGUUUAAAAAAGUUAUCAACAAAUAACAUAAUAAACAGUUAUUUAAAAUUUUAAUAUUUUUUUAUUAUCACUUGUUUUUAUUUAUAUUUGUUUUACAAUAUUCUGUUUUUUGUUCAAUAUAUGUUUGAUGAUACCUUACACAAACUACCAAAGACGAAUAUUCUCCCCUCGGCGGAUGCCUACUUAACAUUUAAAAAAAAAAGUCUUUCGGACAAGACAUGUCUUCCACCAUUUCACUUCCGUCUUCCUCUUAAAAUUCCCAAAACCCUUUUUCAAAGUUCUCUCCUUUAUCCCCGGAACCAAAAAAGGAACUCACUUUAUCUUAUCGAUUCACCCCCACACUACUCCAAUGGCGCCGUCAACGGAACUUCAAGGCUCCUCCUUCCUCCGCCGAAUCAGCAUCCGCCGCAACCAGAUCGUCUCCAUGGACGUCUCUCACGACCAACACCUCGAGGAACUCGAGUACUUCCAGAAACACGUCUCCGAUUGCCUCUCGGAGUUACUCUCCCCACCACCGCCGCCUCCUUCCUCCUCCUCCUCCUCCUCCGCCUCUCAGCCGUCUGAUCCCAUCCUCUCGAUCCCUUGGCUGAAGAACCUCCUCGACGUUUACAUGUCCUGCGAAACGGAGUUCAAAGGGGUCCUCUCAACGGUCCAGAUCUCAAAGUCUCCGUCUUUAGAGAAGGGUUUGCAGGAAACGCUCGAUCGGAUUUUGAAAUCGCUCGAUAUCUGUAACGCCGUAAGUAACGGCAUUGAUUCCGUUAGCCAGAGCCGACGUCUGGCGGAGAUAGCCGUCACGGCGCUUAAACAACGGCCGUUAUGUAACGGAAGCGUUCUUAGAGCUAAACGCGCGUUAACAAGCCUCCUCGCUGUGUUAAACGCCGACGGAAAAGAUAGAAACGGCGGAAGUAGUAGCCGUCGGACAACGUCACGGUCGUGGUCGUUUGGACAACGCAGUAGCGUCCACGUCAGCAAGAACUGGUCCGCGACGAAGCAGAUUCAGGCGAUGGCGGGUACUCUGGUGCCGCCACGUGGAGCAGAAGCCUCUGGAGUUUACAUAAUGAGCAGCGUUAUGGUUCUUGUGAUGUGGGUGCUAGUCGCUGCGGUUCCUUGCCAGACAAGCAACGUUAUCGCGGCGCCUUUGCAGCUUCAGAAACACCAGAGCUGGGCUAGCGCCGCGGUGAACAUUCAGGAGAGGGUUGGCGAAGAGAUGAAAGGGAAGGAGAAGCGUUUUGGUGGAGGGCUGAUGGAGGAGAUGGUGAGGAUGGAGAGGGUUGGUUUGUCUUUGUUGGAGUUCACGGAGAGGUUUAAAUUUCCGGCGGAGGAAGAGGAGGAAGUGGCGGAGAAGGUGGAGGAGAUGGAUGAGAUAUGCCGGGGGAUGGAAGUGGGGUUGGAGGGUUUGAAGAGACAAGUGAGGGAAGUGUUUCAUAGGUUGGUGAGAAGCAGACUAGAGAUUGUCUCGGUGCUUGAUCAAGCUACUGCAAUCUAGUUUAGUAUAAAAGCACUAAUCUUUGAAAAAAAACUUUUUGAUGUGUAUAAUCUACAUUUCGUAUACAUACACACAUAUAUGUUUGGUUUCUGGUAUAUGAAAACUCAAAAACUCUAGAUUAGUUUCCUGAGGCCUGUUAUUCUCCUGACUUGUGAUUGUUUCCAGAAGGUUCUGUUUGUUACCGGGUCGGUUUGGUCCAUUAGUGUCUGAAGCAGGUUGUUGAUGUGUGCUCUUUUGAAUUUUUUGCUAUUUGCCACCGUCAAGUUUGGCAGUUGUUUCUGAUGAAGCUUCUCUGUGAUUUUGUUUUUUUCUUGGCCUGUAAAAAAAGAAUCAAUGAUCGUUUUAUGGAUACAAUGAGCAAGCAGUGAUUUGAUUGGAUAGGUGUUCUUGUUCUAAAGGGAUCUUACUCUCUCAAUAGGUCAAUGGAUGUAGUCUGUGAAUCAUUGGUCUCGUCUUUGUCUUGCUUAUUAUUACCUUUGAUUUAUAAAUGAUUGGAGAUUUUAGUUGUAAUAUGUAGCUCUUCCAUGCACUUGCCAUUUUAAUAGAUGAUGACAUUUUCAGGAAAUUUUUUAAACCUUCAAGUCUGCUGCACUCAUCUCUGUGUCCGAGAUUCUGAAUACAUCGACAAGACUCUGAAUCAACUCUGCCGAAGCCUUCAUGGUUUUAGCUGAAGCUUUCUUGGGGCUUAGGCAUUCGGUUAUUCCGAUUUAUAAGCAUCUAAACAAGGAAAAACUGAGUGAGAUUAAACUAAGGGAAACAAUAAAAUACUGCAUUAAGUGAAAUACAAAGGAAUUCGCCUGUAGAGAAACGGCCACGGCUUCAUGCAUGAAAGAUAUUGUUCUUGCUAAAUUCAACCAUCAGUUUGGCUAGAAGUGUCUCCAGUUGCAUUUCCCAUAAAGUGGGCAAGCUUAAAAAUGUGCAAUAUAUGAAAGCUCUCCUGAAACAAUGGGAGAUUGAAAUGUACAAAGAUUGCUUGUCACCACAUUCCUUGCGACGCAAGCAUAGUUUCUACACCAGCAAGUCCACUAUUAUAUAACUGAAAUGUACUAAAUGAAUUCAUAGACGUGAUAUUGGACGUUUAUCAAUGGAGAACUUGAGAAGUGAAGUAAAGCCUACUUAAAUAGAUUCCCAAUCAUGAAGCAUCCGAGUUGCAGAAGCCAACGAGCAAGGUCCCUAUACACCUCACACCAGCUCUCAUGCUGUUGAGAGAUGUCAGUGACGUCAUCUUCGAAGGCGAUGUAAUGUUUUUUCAUCUGCUCUGUCUUGAUGCCCUGCUUCAAAGGCCUCCAUAGCUCGAAGAGGUUUUGUUUAGGGUUUAAGGAAGAAGAACAAAACAGAGAGGAAGAAAUAAACAAGUUUCUCCAAGGGACAACAAUAGACCGGGAAUAAUCCGGUUUAGUUUACAAAUGUCUAAUUCUCAGAUUGGUUUCAUUUGGUUUGGUUUAGACCAGUUGAUCCGAUUUAAUUUAUUUGGUAGUUUUUUUCAUUUUUUUUUUGACAAAAGAACACUCAAAUUAAAACAUUAGCGUUUUAGAGAUAAGAAUUCAUAGGAUAUUAAUGGUGACCAAAAAAUGAUAAGGAAUAAUGCAUUCUCUAAAAUUCCUAUAAAAAAUCACCAUUCACAAGGAAUAAUAAUUUCUCUUCUUUCCCUCUCGUUCCUUUUUUUUAGAGAAUUAAAGGACAAAAUUAUUUCUUAUUAAAUUUGAGAAAUAACAAUCAUUUCUUUUCAUUCCUGCUAUUUUAUUUUCAUAUAUUCAUUUUUUUAUUCGUUCUUCUUAUUUCCCGAAUGGUCACCAGUCAGACCCAUAGUCUUACCGUAGAGAAAAGUUUACAUGAACAUUUCCAUGGUAGUUAAACUUCCUGAUCUACAAAAAAAUUAUGCAGAGAUUAGAAGAACCAACAAUGAAAUCAAAACUAGUAGCUAGUGUUGUUCAAAAAAAAAAACUAGUAGCUAGUCAGAACCACGACUAGUCCACCAACCAUUACUAACCAUGCUUUCCUCUUUCUUUUACUAAGAUUAAAAGCCUUGUUAGCAACAUGUAUCAACUUUUCUUAAAAACAUAUGUCAAUAGAUUGUUUUUUAAGUUACAAAAAAAAGAUUGUUUUUUCCUCACUCUCAAAAAUUUGAUUACAAUUUGAAAACAUUUGCUAAGACUAAUAACAACUUGGUUCACAUAUAUAUAAUUGAUUAGUUAAGUAAUGACACGAAAACGCGUAUGAGAGACAUAUCACAUCAAAUUCAAAGUAAUUUAACAGACGGAUAAUAAUAGUUUUAUAUAUUGGCUUGAGUAAUCAUUCAAGCAAUGAUAAAUAUCAAUAGCUCUAGUCGACCCAAACAAAAUUGUGACAACGAGAAGAUUAAUAAAAAAACAGUAGUGACAAUGUCAUCUUAUCACCAUGUUAUUAAAGAAUGAAUUCGUGCAUUGAGACGUACGACAUAGCAUUCCUUUGUACGGUACUAACUUGUUUUGUUAAUUGUACGGAACUAAUUUGUUUUGUUUAAUUGUACGGAUCACUAACUUGAUUGAUGCUAUUAUAUAAUACUAAAACUAAAAUAUACCGAUUAAGUUACUCAAAAUACAUUUAUAAUCAAGUGACUGGUAAAUUCAUUUUUUUGUCGAUUUCCAUUUGGCACAAAACACUGCGGAUAGAUUUUACAGGCGCAUAUAGUAAUAUACUUAUGUGAGGAACUGAGGAUACAGAACAUAAUUCAUACAUAGAUGACAGUGUCAUGACAGUAUCUAUAUAUGAGACGAUGACUAGAAUUUUAAUCCUUUGUGCCGGAGUUGCCAAGAGUUAAUAGGAAAUUCAUUAACUAGUCAUGAAAUUAUUAAUCCAUCAAAGUUUCUAUUGUUUUCUAAUAAAGAGAUAAUCUAUCGUUUGUUAAUGAUAUACUUCUAUAGUUUCUUAUAAAAUCCUUUUAAAAUAUUACACGUUUACGAUAUGAUAUGUGGUUCUGAACCUACAUGAUAGAUCGGUUUCAGGGCAUAUAUUUUUAGGUUUAGUGGUGGUAUCAAAUUAAUGAACGUUAACAUUCAAAUCUGCUUAAUUAUUGCAGCUGGUAUUUUAAUUUCUUAGUAAGUAUUCAACUCUAUGAACAAGUUUACCAAGAUUCAACUUUCUUUUGAAGAGAGAGUAGUGUCAAACUUAAAUAUAACUCGGUAAAAUUGACGGCAAAAAUAUAUUUUUGGUUAACUUAUAAGUAUGAUUAUAUAUUAGAUAACAACUGCAAAAAUCUAUCACGGGUUCCUUUUCACGUAUAUAUGGUUUUAUUUAAAUAAGGACCAAUUAUUAGAAAGAUAAAACUGAAUGGUCAAUCUAUAGUGAUUCCAUGCUUAAGAAAAAUAUACAUAUAGUUGUUUAUGUACGUUUACGGUAUCCGCACAACAUAUACAGAUUAACUAGUGCAAGUGGAACCCUACCCAUGACGUCACGAAUGUUAUUCGUAAGUAUAGCUAACUUGUAGAGAUUAAAUUCAUUUUGAAAACAUGGCAAUCAUGAUGUAAGAGCUCCAAUAUUUUAUUUAACAUUUGGUUAUCACCAAUAAAAUAUAUUCACCAGUGAUUUAAAAUAAUAUUGAAAUUUAUACAAUGGACGGAGACGCACCAGUAUUGUGUGUAUGUAUCGGAAUCCUUUAUAUACUAAAUCGCAAGUCGCCUAGCGAAUCAAAUACUGACACGUGGCAAAAAAAUUAAAAAUUAAAUAAAUUUUUUGCUAAAGCAAAAAAAAAACACAAAGCAAACCCACGUAUUAUACUUUCUGUUCAUGGAAGUUACAACAUUCCAUUUAAUAACUGUUUAUGGCUAAGAAACUGUUUUUUUCUAACGAAGCAAAAAAAAAACUGUUUAUAUCUUCUUCAUCACAAACAAAGGUAUUCAUCUGUCUAUUUUCUUCACACGUUUCCAAUUAUGUUUUCAAAUCUCCAUUAUUAAAUUGUCUCUGACACAUUUGUAACAAGUGCAAACUUCAUUUUAACGUCCAUGUUGGUCUCACUGCAAAGUUUCAACAAUGAAGAUUCCAAAUCCUAAUAGAAGAACCAGGGAGAAUGAGACAACAACCUCAUAAGUCAAAGAAAGCAAACUUGCAAAUUCUACCAAUAGUUCCUCGACAUGCUCUAUUUUCAAAAAAAAAAAAAAAAAGCUCCAAUAUGCAUGGAAAGCAACAGUUACGCGAAAAUUACAAAGGGUAUGUAAACUAAUUUUGUGUCAUUGUAUUUUUAAUUAACGUAAAUCAAUUAAUUUGUAUGUUUGGUUUCAGCGACCAGUAUGAAUAUUCAAGAUCCGGAAAAAGAAUAUAAAC